AUGUCACCUUCGAAACGCGACGAAGACCGGUCACGCGUUGACGGCUUCGAGAUGGAGAUCUCCAAACUCGUCAAGGACGAGGCGACAUCGAAGCAACGGAAGCAGCAGGCAGGGUUGGGUCACUGUGAACGAACCCUGCUGGGUGCGGCUGCGUGCGGCAACAAAACACGGGGAGCAGAUGAUGCCUCGAAGGCGCUCGUGAUGGCCGGAGCAGACCCAAAUCUUGGCAAUGCUGACGGCGAUAGUCCACUCCACCUCGCUGCCGAAGCAGGGCACCACCGAGUAAUAGUUAUCCUUCUCCUUCGGAAAAAGGCCCAAGCUGCAGCCCCGAGGAAUGUAUUCCUAGAGACUCCUCGCCAAAUCGCUGCUGCCAUGGGUCAUACGCUAUGUAUCUCUGAGCUUUUGAUGGGCGGUGCAGACAGGGACGUGGAUGAUGGGAAAGGUGAAACGCCACUGUUCAAGGCGGCAGCAAACAACCACCUCGGGGCUAUCCAAGAGCUUCUAGCUGCCGGUGCCGACCAAAGCAUUCUUACCAUGAGCUAUCGUUCUCCGCUUCAGGCUGCUGCAAGCAGGGUCGAUGCCACCGAUAAUCGCGGAUGGACAGCCCUGCACUGUGCUGCUUAUUUUGACAGACCUGUCCAUGAUAACGGCGAUGCUGUCCGUGCACUUCUGGAAGCUGGGGCUGACGUCAACGUGAAGAACGACGCCCACGUCAGCGAUGAUAUCUUCACGCCUCUCCAUGUCGCCGUGAGUCGUCCGAUGGCAUCGAUCUGCACGAUCCGCGCGCUGUUGGAGGGAUGGGCGGAUGUCAAUGUGCGUGACGACUGCAAUCAGACGCCACUGCAUGUCGCUUGCAUGUGGGGGGAUCUUUCUGGUGUGGAGCUUCUGCUGCGUUGGGGAGCAGAUGAGAUGCUGAAGAAAAAUAGGGUAGACACGCCUGCAGACGUGAUAGGAGUGUGGGGAGAUGAAGAUCGCAACGACGAGGAAAUCGAGGCCGACAACCAGCGCAUUCGGCCCGUGCUGGCGCGCGCCGCGGCCGACAGGUCAUGGCAUCGCCGCGACUGGCUAGUGUUGAGCCGUUCCUGCCCGACCAGGGUGCACAUCGCCUGCAGAAGCAGCAGCAGCAGCAGCGGCAGCAGCUCCAAAGUGGCGAGGGUCAGCGUCGACGACUCGGAUGGGAAUGAUAUGUAG